CUCCUCUUUCUGCACCCCGUGAGCCCCAUCGUCCUGAAAGUCGUGUCGUGUCUGAAAAUGCCACCAGCUACAUGACAGCUUGCCUUCCUUCUUGAUUUCUUCCAUUUCUUUCGAAAAUAUAUAUUCAAUUCUCUCUUGUAGAAAUACCACUAACAUCGUCUGCCAUGAAUCAUCAACUCAGAGACAUGUCUUGGGCCAAACCCCUCUCUGUCGACCUGAUCCUCAAAGUUCUCAAUGUUACGUUCCUACACCCUUUCGUAGCCUGGAUGGUCCCACUUUGCAUGCGAGCGCAAGCUAUGCGAUGGCAGCAUCCAGCAAUUCAGAUUGCGAUCGGGUAUGCUGCUGUCUUAACUGCUCUAUUCUUCGUCAAUGUCCUCAAUAAACAGAUCGCCUACUCCAAACCGCGCAAGGUCGACUUUUCUGAAGAGGUGAUUGUGAUCACCGGGGGCGCCAGUGGCUUGGGACUGUUGAUUGCGGAAGUCUACGGUAUGCGAGGAGCUUCCGUAGCCGUGUUGGAUGUCAAAGAGCUGGAGUCUGGAGAAGCGCGAGGCGUUUACGUAUAUAAAUGCGAUGUUGGGGACAAGAAACAGCUUGCGAAGACGUCAAUUGAGAUUGAAAGAGAUGUCGGUACACCCUCUAGCAACUUUAAAUAUAAACUGACAUGAGAUUUAGCUCGGUACUCCAACAGUUCUCAUCAAUAACGCAGCAGUCGUCAGCGGCAAGCCUCUUCUCGACCUAUCCCUCGAUGAAAUAGACAACAAUUUCCGUGUCAACCUUCUAGCACACUUCUACACCCUGAAGACGUUCCUCCCAAGCAUGGUCCGCGCUGGCCAGGGCACAAUUGUGACCGUAUCAAGUAUCAUUGGCAAGUUAGGUGCCGCACGACUCAGCGAUUACGCCGCCGCAAAAGCAGGCAUCACAGCCAUGCAUCGAUCGUUGGCGGCAGAGCUCAAAUCGACACCUGACAUCAAGACCGUCUUGGUUACACCUGGCCAACUAACUACACCUCUUUUCACCGGGGUGAGGACCCCCAGUGGUUUCUUUGCGCCGGAAUUGGAGCCAGUCGAUGUUGCAAAAGAGAUCAUUGCCGCCAUUGAUGCAGGCACUAGCGCAGAGGUGUCACUUCCACUUUAUGCAAGAUGGAUCGAUUGGAUGAAUGUAAUGCCGGUGGGAGUUCAGGCCAUUUUGAGGAAAAUAAGUGGUGUAGAUCGCGGGAUGAACACAUUUGUUGGACGGAAGAAGGAAUCGUGAUAGAAUUUCUGGUGCUGGCGCCGAGACUAAUGUAAUAUAUAGUGUAGAAUUAAUUUACCAUAUUUACCAUGAAUAGAUCAAGUAAUCAUCAUUCUGACUAGUCUUCCCCAGGCAAUUUCCUUUGGGAUGGUGUUCUGAAAUUUCUCAUUUGAGAGCACGCAGCAACUGCACAAAUAGUCCGUGCACAGAAUUUAUCUAGGCGCGAACCCUCUGAACGCGAGAAAAUAGCAACCUCAAUAAAGCUCAUACUACCCCUCCCCACCUCACUCCACAUACCGCCUCAUACCUUGACAUCCCGCACGAACAACCUGAAAUUCUCCUGCCUGCUAUACUAAUUUCAAGAUGCAGGCCCCCGUGCUGGUUAUGAGUAAGUUAUCAAUUCUGAGCACCCCACCAUCCCACGAAUAGCGAGCGCUCUUACUGACAACUCUUCCGCAGACACCCAAAGUGGUGAUAGACAGACUGGGCGAAAGGCGCAGUUAUCGAACAUCACAGCAGCAAAGACGUAAGCUUUGAGAGCAGCCUUGGAGUUUCCGGCCAGUCACUUAUACAAACCAGAGUCGCAGAUAUUAUUCGAUCAUGUUUGGGUCCAAAGGCUAUGUUGAAGAUGUUGUUGGAUCCUAUGGGAGGUAUCGUGUUGACCAACGAUGGGCAUGCCAUCUUACGAGAAAUCGAGGUAUCACAUCCUGCGGCAAAGAGUAUGAUCGAGCUUAGCAGAACACAAGAUGAAGAAGUUGGGGAUGGAACGACGACAGUGAUCAUUCUGGGUAGGGCAACACGGAAUUUAGAUCUUGACUAUAGCUAACCCUUUCCAGCUGGUGAAAUUCUUGCUCAAGCACUCCCACAGCUCGAGCGAAAUAUCCACCCCGUUGUGAUCAUAUCCGCAUUUAAAGCAGCUCUUAAAGACGCCCUCGAGAUUAUUGAUGAAAUUUCUCUUCCAGUCGACGUCGAUGAUGACAAAGCCAUGUACCAACUUAUUUCCUCCUCUAUCGGAACCAAAUUCGUCUCUAGGUGGUCAGAACUCAUGUGCAAUCUUGCACUUAAGGCUGUGCGAACAGUAACGCACGAAGUUGGCGGCGGAAAGAUGGAAGUCGAUAUCAAGCGUUAUGCUCGCGUUGAGAAGGUUCCAGGAGGAGAGAUUGAGGACAGUCGAGUGUUGGACGGUGUCAUGCUCAAUAAGGAUAUUACCCACCCAAAGAUGAGAAGACGGAUAGAGAACCCAAGAAUUAUCUUGUUGGAUUGCACUUUGGAAUACAAGAAGGGAGAAUCUCAAACCAACAUCGAAAUCAGUAAGGAAGAGGACUGGAACAAGAUCUUGCAAAUUGAGGAGGAACAGGUUAAACUCAUGUGUGAUGCCAUUCUCGCUCUCAAGCCAGAUUUAGUUAUCACCGAGAAGGGUGUUUCAGGUAAGUUUGUUUCUUCUUACCCGUGUCGAAAUACUAACAAAUCUAGAUCUUGCACAGCAUUACUUGAUGAAGGGCAAUGUUACAGCUCUUCGUCGGGUCCGCAAAACCGACAACAACAGAAUAGCACGUGCUACAGGUGCAACGGUUGUUAACCGGGUGGAUGAUUUACAAGAAUCGGAUGUAGGAACUGACUGUGGUCUCUUCGAGAUUGAAAAGAUUGGUGAUGAGUACUUUACAUUCCUCACGAAGUGCAAAAACCCCAAAGCCUGCACCAUUCUGCUCCGAGGACCCUCUAAGGACAUUCUGAACGAGAUUGACCGAAAUUUGGCUGAUGCUAUGGCCGUCGCCCGAAACGUCAUGUUCCACCCCAGAUUAUCACCAGGUGGUGGUGCAACAGAAAUGGCUGUUGCUGUCAGAUUGGGGCAACUCGCCAAGAGUAUUGAGGGUGUUCAACAAUGGCCAUACAAAGCUGUUGCUGAGGCCAUGGAAGUCAUUCCCCGAACUUUGAUUCAGAAUGCUGGUAACAGUCCAGUGAGAGUCUUGACAGAAUUACGUGCCAAGCAUGCUGAAGGCGGAAGCUCAUGGGGUAUCGAUGGAGAUGUUGGCAAACUUGUUGACAUGAAGGAAUAUGGUGUUUGGGAGCCAGAAGCUGUUAAGCUGCAAAGCAUCAAGACUGCUAUCGAGGUAUGUGAUGGUACAUUUUUAUUAUUUUGGUUGUAUUAUACUAAUCUAUCCUACAGUCCGCCUGCCUACUGUUGCGAGUAGAUGAUAUUUGCAGCGCAAAAGCUGCGAGACAAGGUGGAGGUGGCGGUGGUGGGGAAGAGUAAACAUCUUGCUGUUAGUGUACUAAUAAAAGCAAUGAAUACGACGCGCAUACCCUUGUACCAUAGUAUAGAAGCUCGGGAAAAUGUAUGCGCGAUUUGAUGCCAAAGAAACCUCUUAACUGCCAGCCAUUAGAAGGCUCAGCGUACUUCCUCAA